GAGCGGAAGUCUCAGCGUUCACAAAAGACUGAAAAGGGUCAUGUCAGCUUCUAAUAAUGCUGCUGGGUGUUUUAUCGAGACGCCAUUAGUACCCGUCACUUGGUGUUGGAGGCCAAUGAGGGCACAGAGGAGCGCAGGGACGCCGUAACCGACCUACACGAACCGACACAGCAACGCAAACAUUGUCAGGAAAGUCCACAACUGGAUUAGACUCAUGUGAGGUGAUGCAUUUGCCGUUUGUUGUUCGCCGUUGGUUUGCUCACCAUCCACAAGGCAGCGUCAGGGUCGUUGAUCUGGGAGUUCAAAGUUCACAGUUACUUUCAAAGUCUCAACAAGAAGUAAGAAUAGGAAGGAGAGACCGGUCGCCCACCUGCACGUAGGUGGCAAGGCCAAAGAAUAAGCACAUGAGGACAUUGCACACCCGCCAAAUGAUGAGCAGCAAAGUCUUGGAGCUUACUGACGAGCCGAAUCGUCUCAUGCUUCAGGUCUCCGCACGCUCACGUCUCCGCCCUCACGGGACGUCAAGCUGUCCUACCAAGCACACUUUGGGUUUUUAUGGCCCAAGAAUGAAUUGACUAUAUUAUAUCAUUCUGCUGCAUCAAUUCACAUCACAUGAUGCUUAAAAUGAUAUUAAGUCGACUCGAAGACGUAGCUGGUGACGUAACACUGUGGGAGGCGAGUGAAGCAUAGUUCUGCUGCAACCGUGUUUAAGUGUAGCCUUAAUGCUGUCUUUUAUUUUGAAGGCCCACUGUACAGGCUACAUAGACUGUACGCUAUAUGCCGAUGUUGGCCGAGUGUUGCCGAGUGGACCGGAAACUGCUUUUUAAAUGGAUGUUAAAAUACUGUAACCUAUAAAAGAGUGAAAAAGAAUGGCAAAAUACGUAGGAAACCAAUAGGUAGUUUUUUUCAAUAUUUUUUAAAUUGCCAAUCGACGCACAUUUUAGGUAUUUAAAACUAUCCCAAAGUUCAGUCAGUGUCACUGGUCAGCUGAUCGCUGCUUGUGUCGCCUGCUGUUAGCCUAGCUUAGCCUAGCUUAGCCUAGCCUAGCCUAGCCAAACUAGAUGUUGUCACCGCCGCCUUUACGGGCAGCUUGUCACACCGCCUGCUAACAUCGUCGGCCAUUUAUCACCCCCGCACCCCCCGGCAACACCCCCGGCCUGUAUGGUGGUGUGAAGCGGAAGAAGGAGAAAGAGGCCGCCGGUGCUGCUGAUGGAAUUUAAACCCACAACAAUGGCGAGUCCCAGCCCCAACAAGUCGUCUCCGUGCGGCAGCAACAGCGUCUCGGUGGGCGCAGCGUCGGCCAACAACCAGCAGCAAACAUCUCAACACAUCACAACAAUCAGCAGCCUGCAAGACUCCAACACCUGCUGGAGAUGUCAGAGUGAAACAGGCUUUCAGAUAAACCUGUCUGGAGCCCCCCCAAGUAAACGUAAAGCCCUCAAGCUGAACUUUGCCAACCCACCCAUCAAGCCCACCACCAGAUUCACACUGAACACGGCCGGGCCGCCCUUCCAGAACCCGCACAUCGAGAGGCUGAGGACGCACAGCAUCGAGUCCUCCGGGAAGCUGAAGAUCUCCUCAGAGCAGCACUGGGACUUCACGGCCGACGACCUGAAGGACUUGGGCGAGAUUGGCCGCGGGGCGUACGGCUCGGUCAACAAGAUGGUGCACAAGCCCAGCAACCAGAUCAUGGCGGUCAAGAGGAUUCGCUCCACGGUGGACGAGAAGGAGCAGAAGCAGCUGCUGAUGGACCUGGACGUGGUGAUGCGCAGCAGCGACUGUCCGUACAUCGUGCAGUUCUACGGCGCUCUUUUCCGAGAGGGCGACUGCUGGAUCUGCAUGGAACUCAUGGCUACCUCCUUAGACAAGUUUUACAAAUUUGUAUAUUGCUCUUUAGACGACGUCAUCCCUGAGGAAAUCCUGGGGAAAAUAACUUUAGCUACUGUGAAGGCGCUUAACCACCUGAAAGAAAACUUGAAAAUAAUCCACAGAGACAUCAAGCCCUCUAACAUUCUUCUGGACAGAAACGGCAACAUCAAACUCUGCGACUUCGGCAUCAGCGGCCAGUUGGUGGACUCCAUCGCCAAGACCCGGGACGCGGGAUGCCGACCGUACAUGGCGCCAGAGAGAAUAGACCCCAGCGCCUCCAGGCAAGGCUACGACGUGCGCUCUGACGUUUGGAGUUUGGGCAUCACGUUGUACGAGCUGGCCACGGGCCGCUUCCCCUACCCAAAGUGGAACAGCGUGUUCGACCAGCUGACCCAGGUGGUGCGGGGCGAACCGCCCCAGCUCAGCAACUCCGAGGAGAGACGCUUCUCUCCCAAAUUCAUCUCCUUCGUCAACGUGUGCCUUACCAAGGAUGAGUCCAAAAGGCCCAAGUACAAAGAGCUUCUGAAAGAUCCGUUCAUUCAGAUGUACGAGGAGCGCUCGGUGGACGUCGCGACUUACGUGUGCAGACUUCUGGAUCAGAUGCCGACUUGGCCCAGCUCGCCGUCCUACAUGGACUGAGCGGCCGCAACGACAAAGACUUCAUCCUGGAAAGCAAACCAAGCUCUCAUGUACACAAGACAAGCAAAGCCGAUCAUCUCAUUCAUGUCUGUAGGACACCCCCCCGUCGGGUAUGUUUCCACACGCCAUCAGUCAGCUGAACAUCAAUGAUGAUGAUAGAGUAUCGACUCCUGCUGGAACCAUGCUGUCAUGUUGGUGUAAACGUCAGCCCAGAUGCUGACCUUCUCUAUGUAAGUGAGGAUAUAAUGCUGAUAGUAUAUUAAUAAAGACUAGACAAUGAAAGGAACAUGGUUUCCACCUCGAUACGCUAA